UCGAAGUUCAUGAAACAAGCCAAGCCCCGUGUAAGAAUACAUGGCAAAACCAGGGAGCAAGCGGUGCUGCGGUGUCAAUACAACAUCUUCUAUUCAAAAUGAAAAUGUUUACCUUCUCUCUCUAAAAUAAAUGAAAAUGUAUAACUUCUCUCUCUAAAGUCUAAAGCGAGAGCUUUUCAUCCUCCCAUAAAUUCCUGAGAAGCCAGAGAGUUCCGAGCAUCCAAACUGGAAUUAAGAGCACUAGAUUACAAUUCUCUUUGUUUACGGGCAAUUUCAUCUGAGAGAGAGAGAGAGAAAGAGAGAGAAUUUAGAGAGAGAAAGAGUUUAUAGGCAGUUUACAGAGAGAUUAAAGAGAGUUGAGAGAGUGUUUGUUCUUCUUCUAAUCUUGGAGAGACGAUGGCUAGUACUGCAGGUCAAGUGAUACGCUGCAAAGCUGCUGUUGCAUGGGAAGCAGGAAAGCCAUUGGUGAUAGAAGAGGUUGAGGUUGCUCCACCUCAAGCCAUGGAGGUCAGGCUCAAGAUCCUCUACACUUCUCUGUGUCACACUGAUGUCUAUUUCUGGGAGGCCAAGGGGCAGAAGCCAUUGUUUCCUCGUAUCUUCGGCCAUGAAGCAGGGGGGGUGGUGGAGAGCGUUGGUGAAGGUGUAACAGAGCUGCAGCCAGGGGACCAUGUCCUCCCUGUCUUCACAGGCGAAUGUAAGGAAUGCGCCCACUGUAAAUCAGAGGAGAGCAAUAUGUGUGAGCUUCUUCGAAUCAACACAGAUAGAGGAGUGAUGCUUAGUGAUGGAAAAUCUCGAUUCUCGAUCAAUGGAAAACCAAUUUAUCACUUUGUUGGGACUUCCACUUUCAGUGAAUACACAGUUGUCCAUGUAGGUUGCGUAGCUAAGAUCAAUCCUGCUGCUCCCCUUGAUAAAGUCUGUAUUCUCAGCUGUGGAAUUUCAACAGGUCUCGGUGCCACUCUAAAUGUUGCUAAACCACAAAAAGGAUCAACGGUGGCCAUUUUUGGAUUGGGGGCUGUCGGCCUUGCUGCUGCUGAAGGAGCACGAAUUGCUGGAGCUUCAAGGAUAAUUGGGGUUGAUGUGAACCCGAGAAGAUUCGAAGAAGCCAAAAGAUUUGGUUGCACGGAGUUUGUUAACUCAAAAUGCUCUGACAAACCAGUCCAAGAGGUGAUUGUCGCGAUGACUAAAGGUGGAGUGGACCGUAGUGUCGAAUGCACAGGGAACAUUGACGCCAUGAUUUCUGCCUUCGAAUGUGUCCAUGAUGGAUGGGGUGUUGCUGUGCUGGUUGGUGUGCCUAACAAGGAUGCAGAGUUCAGGACGCACCCCAUGAACUUUCUCAAUGAAAGGACACUCAAAGGAACUUUCUUUGGCAAUUAUAAGCCACGCUCUGAUCUUCCCUCUGUUGUCGACAAAUACAUGAAGAAGGAACUUGAACUGGAGAAAUUCAUUACACAUUCACUCUCAUUUUCAGAGAUCAACAAGGCUUUUGAAUACAUGCUCAAUGGGGACAGCCUUCGCUGCAUCAUUCAUAUGGAAGGCUGAUUUCAGAGGAUUCCACAUGAUCAAGAUAAAUAGAGAAUAAUAAAUAAGGUGCCUUUUCUGCUGGUGGUGCUGAUUCCACAAAAAGGCUCCAUUUCCAUAGUAUUUUGUCCGUCUUUGUUUUUGUUUUCGGGGACAGCUCUUUGCGAUGGCGUUUUCACUGUAAAUAAGAAGUGGUUCUGCUUCGUAGUGUUGUGUAUUUUGCACGUGUUUACUGUGAGUUUCAUAGUAGGGCUUGAUUUCUAAAAGUCUCUCCCCUUUCCAUUUGAGAUUGUAAAUUAGGGGAUUAUUUAUUUUGGAUAGAAGGAGGUCAUUUUUUUU